AUGACACUCCGCGUCCUCAUCAUCGGCGCCGGCACCGGCGGUCUCGCCCUCGCACACGCCCUCGUCAACUCGCACGCCGACGUCUCCGUCACCGUCUUUGAGCGGGACCGCACGCGCCGCGACGGGCUGCAGGGGUACCGCGUCGGCAUCUCGCCCGAGGGCGCGCGCAGCCUCGCCGCCUGCGUCACCCCCGCCCUCUUCACGCUCUUCCAGCGCACCGCCGCCGCCGCCCCGGACUGCUUCAACAUGGUCACCGAGCAGCUGCGGGAGCUGCUCAGCAUCGACGGCUUCGCCCGCGCCUCGGCCGACGGCGUCGCCGCCGAGUACUCGGUCAGCCGCAUGACGCUCCGGCAGCUGCUCCUCACGGGUCUCGAGGACCGCGUGCGCUUCGACUGCCGCUUCACGCACUAUGAGCGCAGCAGCGACGACGAGGACGGCACGGUGACGGCGCACUUUGCGGACGGCAGCGUCGCCGUCGGCGACGUGCUCGUCGGCGCCGAGGGCACCAACUCGCCGACCCGCAGGCAGUACCUCCCGCACGCCGUCCUCAAGUCGUCCGGCCUGUGCGGGCUCGGCACCAAGGCCCCGCUUACCGAGGAGACGCGCGCGCUGCUGACGCCGCGGAUGCUGCGCGGCGUCACCAUGGUGCAGGCGCCGCGCGGCGACAGCACCAUCCUUCACGUCAUGGAGUUUCCCUGGGACGCCGAGCACGCGCCGGCGCCGACCCCGGGGAGCGUCGGCGGCACCGACGCCGCCCUGCUCGCCGCCUGGCCCGGCGCCCAGUUUGACAACACGCGCGACUACAUCCUGCUGGGCUUUGGCGCGCACCGCGACCAGCUGCCGGCCGACGUGCUCGCCCUGGACGGCGACGCGCUGCACGCCCUGCUGCUGCGGCGCACCGCCGCGUGGCACCCGCACCUGCGCCGGCUGUUUGCGCUGGCCGACCCGCGCACCUGCUUCGCCCUCGACAUCCGCACCACAGAGCGCCUGCCGCCGUGGCCGAGCAGCAACGUCGCGCUGCUCGGCGACGCCAUCCACACCAUGACCCCGGGGCUCGGCGUCGGCGCCAACACGGCGCUGCUGGACGCACGCAUCCUCGGCGAGCAGCUGGCGCGCGCCGCGCGCGGCGAGGUCGCCGUCGUGGAGGCCGUCGCGGCGUACGAGAAGGAGAUGCACGGCUAUGCCUGGGAUAGGGUGGAACAGUCGCUCGAGAGGUUCAACAAGGACGAUGCGAUUUACAAACCGGGCAUCACGGGCUGGUUGGCCAUGAUGGCCAUGCGUACCGGGCUGAGACUGGUCAAUGCCGUUCCGCCGUUGAAGAAGAAGGUGGCGGCGCAGAUGGAUCGUCAGCGUGGGCAGAUGGAGGAGCGGUCUUAA